GCCGACACGCCUCGUCAGUACGUGCCAUUGACGUGCCACGGACACUCGCGUCCAGUUCCUCACAUCAGUUUCUCUCAUCUUGAGAAGGAAGAAACUUACUAUUUGCUUUCGGCUUGCAAGGAUGGCAAUCCAAUGCUUCGCGACGGUGUCACCGGCGACUGGAUUGGCACCUUCAUGGGCCACAAGGGUGCUGUUUGGCAGGUUCGCCUGAGCCCAGAUGCUUCCAAUGCCGCCACCGCGUCGGCUGACUUUACUUGCAAAAUCUGGGACACUCACACCGGGGAACUCUUGUACACCAUUCAGCACGAGCACAUUGUUCGCGCGGUUGCGUAUGCGCCUGACAAUUCGGAGCUCGUGGCCACUGGCGGCAUGGAAAAGAAGCUGCGUGUGUUUGACCUCUCCGAGUUCGUCUCCACCCCUGGCGAGCCAAUCACUAUUCCUGCCUCGGCCGGUUUUGAAAUCGCCGUGGGUGCUCAUCAAGGCGCCAUCAAGUUCAUCUGCUGGACUAAUGAUCCAAACGUCCUCGUGACUGCCUGUGACAAGACUCUUCGCUGGUUGGAUCUUCCCACCCGCUCUGUCAUUCACCAGGAGGUCUUGGAUGGCGAGAUCCGCUCCUGCGAGAUGGUUUCCCUGGCACCCGAAUGGUCUUCCGAGCAUGACAUUGGCGGAGGACUUCCUGUCCUCGCCGUCGCUGCUGGCAAGACUGCCUACUUCUGGGGCGGCCGACGUGCCUUUGAACAUCUGAAGAGCAUUGAGUUCCCCUCCACCAUUGCCAGUGUUGGUCUCGAUGUCCAGGGACGCAAGGUCGUCGUUGGAGAAGAGCCUGGAACCUGGGCUAGGGUCGUUAGUUAUGAUGAUGACACUGUGAUCGACGUCCACAAGGGCCACCACGGCCCCAUCUGGUCAAUUGCUUUCUCGCCAGAUGGUCAGCUUUAUGCCACGGCUUCGGAGGACGGAACGAUCAAGAUGUGGAAGAAUUGCGAGGGCUUCUACGGUCUUUGGCGAGGUGGCAACGAGCGAGCUGUGGAGUAG